AUGAAAACCCUAAACAUGGGGGAAAUUCUUUUGGCGUUUUAUAGGUCCUUCUUCGUUUUUCUGACAUGCGCCCUAAUUCUGCAAUCCAUGUACCUAUUCCCCAAGUUCAUCUCAACUUUUGCAACGAAAGUACGCGUGUUAUCAUUCUUCUCCUUCUGGUUCUGCGCUCUUAUGACUUUGUGGUGCUACGUCAAAUGCCUCAUUAAAAACCCGGGGGUGUUAACGAGAGAUCCCAGAAAGACAGGAGAAGGAACCAACGAACAGGAGCGUCGCGAUGACGUGUGCGUGAAGUGUAACUUGUUAAAGGAAAAGAGGUCUCACCACUGUUCUGUUUGCAAUCGAUGCAUCAUCAAAAUGGAUCACCACUGCAUUUGGAUAAAUGGCUGCGUCGGACAGUAUAACCAGAAAUUUUUUAUCCUCCUCAAUUUCUACACCCUGCUCAUGUGCACCAAUUGCGCCUUCAUCCUUAUGUACAAAAUGAUCUCAUGUGUUCAGAGGAACCCAAGAUUGAACACCGAUAGGAAGUGCAUAUUCAGCAGAACAGACCUCUUCCUUAUCGUGUUGAAUACAUUUUCCUCCCUUUUGUUUGGGGUGUUCUCGUUGGUCAUGUUGAUCGAUCAGUAUGUCGCGAUUCGGACGAACACGACAGGGAUUGAGUACUUGAAGAACCAACAGAAAGAAAUGAGGCCCUUCCGGGAGUCACUCGUGGAUGUUUUUGGCCAGCCGUUCUGCUGUCUCUGGUUUCUUCCCAUCGAUGGAACAGUGCGGUCGGAUUUUUCCUCACGCGAAAACUACCUUGAAGAGGAAAAAAAAAAUUAA